GAUUUGAUCUGUGCCCUCAGCCUCGAGCAGCGGACGAUGUCAUCGUCAAGUGCCUAGCGUGCCAUGCGCAGCGGCACUUUAUCAAAGACAUGAUGCGGUUGCAAACCGCGAGGCGGCGCGUUGCCCGUGGCGUUGCCUUUCACUUCGGUUCUUCAUUUUCCGGGCGCGGAUUUCGCAUUUGACGUCUCACUUCUCGCUGCUUCUGACGACCUAUCAUAUCGCUCGGCUUGUCCUCGACCACCACCACACGACUUCCUCGACGCUUCCCGUGCACGCGACGACAGGUCUUCCUCACGCUUGUUCAUGCCCGGCGUCAGACGAAACACGAACGCGGUAUGGCCCCCGUCCACCGUCCCGCCCAACGAGACGGAGGGCGAGCGAUUGGCGCGCCUCGAGCAGGAGGAACAGGCCAAGCGCACGAGCGAUGCAAUCGACUCGCAGCUGCGCGCUGAACGCGAUGCUCGAAAGAAGUCUUCCGUGAAGAUCUUGCUUCUAGGGCAGGCGGAAUCGGGCAAGUCGACGAUGCUCAAGAACUUCCAGCUUCACUUCGCGCCUAACGCGUUCACUGCCGAGUCUGAGGCCUGGCGCCCUAUCAUCCAUCUAAACCUCGUCCGUCACGUCAACUUCGCCGUAGGCAUCGUCAGCUCGGACGAGUCCCUGCGGCCGUCGUCCAGUGGGUCCAAGGAAUCUGGCUCUAGCAACGACGAGGUCCGCCGAUUGUGCAUCAAGCUCAGCCCCCUCAAGCGCGUUGAGGAGAGCUGGACGAAGUACAUCAGCGGGCCCGACCACGCCGCCAUCGCGUCGCACGCCGAGGAUGGCACGGUGAACAACGGCUCAUUAGCACCGCCCCGCGCGCCCGAGGUCUACGUGCGCUCUGGGCAGGGCUGGCGCGGUCUCAUGCGCUUCCGGCGGCAGUCCGAAAGCGCGCCACGCCCGCCCGAGGUCGUCGAGGACGAGCAGAAUCGGCAUAUCCUCGCGGCCUGUGCCUCGGAUAUCAUUGCGUUCUGGCAGCACCCCAAAGUGCAGCGCAUCAUGGAGGAUAGGAAGAUAGGACUCCGCGGGGAGCCUGGCUUCUUCCUCGACGAUGUUGAACGAAUAGCUGCAGCUGACUAUAGACCAACGCCCGAUGAUGUCGUCCGGGCGCGAGUACACACCGUCGGGCCUGAAGAGCAUCAUAUCGUCCUGGAGACCGCCUUCGAGAACGGCAAAGUCUGGACGAUAUACGAUGUUGGGGGCAGCAGAAGUCAGCGGGCUGUCUGGGCGCAGUACUUUGACGAUGUCCACGUCGUGACCUUUAUGGCCCCGAUAUCGGCGUUCGAUCAGUUCCUUGUGGAGGACAGCAGCGUCAACCGGCUGGCGGAUACGCUCGAGCUAUGGCGCCAAUUGUGUAGCAACCGACUGCUCGAGAACGUUGAGUUCAUACUAUUCCUCAAUAAGCUGGACAUCUUGGAGAGCAAGAUCAAGGCCGGCGUCAAGUUCGUAGAUUUCGUGACCUCGUAUAGGCAGCGGCCAAACGAAGCCAAGCAUAUUGCAAAGUAUCUUCUCGAGGUGUUCAAGGGUCUACAUGUACAACAUUCUCCCAAGAAACGCGUCGUCCAUCCCCAUCUCAUUUGUGCUAUCGAUACGCGUGCGACGGCUGCAAUAAUUACGCAAAUCCAAGAGGUCAUCCUGCUCAAGGCCCUAAGCUCCACGAAUAUAAUAUAGGCCUCCACAAGUCUCCCACUUAAGGGAGCGGACGCUCUUCCACGUCUUCGCGCAGGUCGCAGGACGCAAGGAUAUUCAUCUACAUUAUUUCGCUCUCUCCCUCCUCCUAUUCGCUCCUCCCGCUGCAUAGCCUAAGAGCUCUACUCUUCCCGUUUCGGCACUCGCGCACUGCAUCUAUCGCUCUCUCGGCUAUCCCUUGUGCUACAUCUGCCGCACCCACUUUGUGAGCUCGUACAUACUGUUGUAUAUCAGCUGUGUCAUAUAGACCAGUCCGACCCCGCAUCGCUAUCAUUUACUUAUUUUACUUUAUCUUUAUUUUCUUUGCACUUCGCGACUCGAAGUACAUACUAGUAUGGAUCGUACAAUGCACUACACACUCCCCACUGGUAUCACAGGACUUUUGAUCUCUUACUACAGUAAUAGGGUACUCCAGAGGAAGGAAUGACAGUGCACCGUGCAACCCC